UAGUGCCACAGUCAGCCGGUGCCGCCACAGCAUGGUCGGUCUCUGUGUUUGGGUCGUUCUCGUCAUCCUCGCCAACGAGGCGACGGGAAACGUCAUCAUAUACCCACACGCCAGUGGUCCCCCAGCUUCCAACAAAUUCAAGGUGUAUGUGAGUCAAGGUGGAAGAAAACAUGACAGUUUCACUUACAUUACCACCUCUGACAAACGUUCCCACGAAACAUCAUCUGCACACCCAGGACGAUCGAUGUCGUUCACGUCGUUUUCCUUCACUGGCGGUGCCGUGACAGUGGAGGUCCACACCCAGCGCGACUUCCACAACUGCAUCGUCAGACCCAAGAGCUACACCUACCACUGCCGCAGAACAGGAACCAAGGUUGCCCAAUUCACCGUGUCCAACACCAAGAAGUGGAUGUCCGUAGAAUUUGACUAUGACUACGGCAGCAGUGAUGGAGGCCCAGACAUAACAGACAGGCUCCUUGUGUUCGCAGAUCCGCCUGAGACACAUAAGCCAAACAAGAACGACAACUCUGUUCUGUAUUAUGACGUAGGGAUACACAAUCUGCAUGGCCCAAAACAAUUGGAUUCUCACAUAAAAGAAGUAUAUUUAGCACCAGGGGCGUAUGUUCAAGGAGGAUUUAAGACCACCGGGAAUCAACCAGUGAAGAUCUAUGGCAGAGGAAUACUCUCCACUGCUACAUACACGUGGCACGAUCCAAGAUUUCAGUGGGCCAUGAUCGACAUUGAUAAGGGACAUUCUCACGUAGUUGAGGGUAUCAUUAUGGUUGAUCCUGUGAAAUACUUCUACCGCGGACUGAGCGAUCACAAUACCGUCCGUGAUGUGAAGAUGGUUGGGUCGUGGGCCUAUAAUUCCGAUGGUAUUGGUAUUGGUCAUGAUGGACUGGUCGAGGACUGCUUCAUCUCGGCAAACGAUGAUGCCCUGAAGGUAUAUACAGACAACAUGGUGGCACGGAGGGUCGUCAUCUGGCAGAUGCAGAACGGGGCUGUCUUCCAGAACGGAUGGUGGAGCGGCAGAGAUAUGAAGAAAGUCAGGAUCAGUGACAUCGACGUCAUUCACACCGACUGGUGCACUUUCAAAGGUUCCAACUGUCACAUCAGCGACAACGACGCAGUCUUCGACCUGGCUGGUAACACAAAGCAUUUCGCCAUGAGUGAUAUCGUCUUCACCAACAUUAGGGUAGAAGGGUCUUGUCCACGUAUUGUGUAUUGGAAGAUGGCCAACGGGGCAUCGGGGACGGCUUCCAACGUCCACAUUAUAAACCUGUCUGUGGACUCCCAGCCUGGCCACGACAGUCUCCAUAACGAAAUAGCAGGGAAUUCUGGAGCCAGAGUCACCAACUGGCAGUUCAACAACUUCAAGAUUGGCGGCAAAUGCAUCUCCAGCGCAGCUCAAGCAGACUUUCAUAUCGAUGCCCACACCACCAGCAAUAUCCGGUUUAAUUGCGGGGGAGCUAUCAUUGGAUAAUGAGAUGAUGGUAAUGAAACAAGGUUUGAAUACAUUUGGCUGCAACAUUUCAGGCGUGAGUAAAGCUUUCAAAAAGUGUUACGGAAGACGUGGAGGAUAUUUCCAAAUGUGUCGCAUCAGUGACAAAAAUUAUGUUCGAUGCAAUUCCUUAUUUUGAUUUGUACCAGGUGUUUCCGUGUCUUUCCAGGCGGACAAUUGACUUACCUUUGCAUGUGUUUGUGUCGAGUGUGCAACCGGUGGACAGGAUAGGCUCACCUUUUCGCGAACACCUGGUAUAAACACAUGCUUGUGAUGAAAACAAUGGUCAGAAUUAUACAAUGGACUCUGCUUAUAGCAGAGAUUUCUUUUGAUUAUGAAAAUGGCUUAGUCCAUUUUUAUUUAUCUGAAUAUAGAAUUGAAUAUUGAAACCUUAAAAUUGAACUGUUUCACUAGUUUGAGUAAAGAAUUAUGAGGUUCGGGUUA